UUCACGAGCAGCACCGCAUGCGCACGUCCAAGCGGAUCACAUAAAUUGUCUGGUUUGUCGACUGCAUGAACUUUACAAAAACCAUGUCAAAUGCCAUGAAGUUGACUGCAAGUUUCUGCAGUUGCUCUUCACCAAAUUCACCCUGCAGCCAUUUCCUGCAUUGUAGGAGGCUCUAUAAAAACGGCACAGUGGACACAUCAUAAUACCCACAAAACUUAGCGGCAAGAUGGCUCGUGAUAUGUCUGAUAAGGAAAUCCUGCAAAUGGAGCUGGCUCAGCUAAAGAUUGAAGUUAGCACAACACGCACAGCUGUGUCAGUCAAUUGCAAGGAGACAAUGGAAUGGGUGGAGGCACAAACAGAGGGCGACCCACUCAUAAAGGGCGUGUCAGAUGACAAGAACCCCUACAAGGGAGACAAGGGAGGCUGCAUUAUAACCUAGAAUACACAAACCCAGGGAAAAGAAGCCACACAUUUUGAUUUAAUGAGAAACAGUGGAGGGCAUUCAAACACAUAUGUAAUCUGAUAUUUGGACAGACAGAUAGACAGCUCAGAGACAAGGACAACUACAACAUUUGUGUUGAUGCUGUAUUGUUACAAGAUGCCAGAUUUCCCUUUUCCCCAUCUCUGGAUAUUUUCUGUUGAUAUCAUUGUGUCUCUGUCAAAUUGUAAAUAAACACAUCUAGGUGUGUAAGGCUGUUACCUAGCUCAUCUUGUGGUGUUAUUCACUUUACUCUGCUAAAUUAAAAGCACCUUCAUUGU